CGGGGACGUUUAAAUAUUGCUCGACACCUCUCCUAUCGCAGACGAUAGUCGGAUUUAGUGAUUACCUGAAUGAACUCCUGAUUAACAAAAUGUCCUGAUAUAAUCUGUCUGAAGCCUACAGGUGUCCAGUUGCAGUAGAUGUCUAGUAUUCGUUCGUCUGUCCACCCUAAGAACCUUAAUCAGCCCUGGGGCACGAUACUUAAACCUGAGUACGGCCUGGGUCAUCAGAAAAUGACGGAUUACGAAAUAGGCCAGACGGUGGAUCGUCUGUAUAAAAUUCCCGCCACAAAAGAGCGCGUGUACGAAAGACCGGGAAAAAAGAUGACAGAGGAAGAAAUAACUGAAAUGUUACAGCGGCUAACUAAGGCUCCCGUAGAGAAGAUUCCAGAUAGUGACCGACGGGUGACGAAGUCUACAUACAGCGAAAUGGGCGUGGUCAGUUCCUAUGCCUGGAAGGGUUAUAACUAGGGAGUUCUGGGAUUGAAGUUGUUGUCAUUUAUUACAUUUCGUAGAGACUCUUUAUAACUUUAUAUGUUUUUUUUUCUAUAUGAGAAGCUAUAUGAUCAUAUUCAUAAAAUUUGAGUGACAUACUCUGGAUGAGUGUAUUUUAUUUGCCUUUAAAAGGUUAAAUGAGGAACUUACCUCA